AUGGUCUUCGCACGUGGCGAUGUCUCUGGCCACGAUGAGCAGGUCACCGAACACCAUAAUCCGGAAAACAACGUCGAGAUUGUGUCCUGGAAUGGGCUGAAUGAUCCCGAAAAUCCGUACAAUUGGCCGCUUCGGCAAAAAUGGACUUUAACUCUGUUGGCGGCCUUUGCAACGUUCAUCACCAUGACCAACGGUACCAUCAUCACGGUAGCACACGAAGCCAUCAAUGAAGAGUUCGGCAUCUCAGAUGCCCACUUCCCACAUUCCUACUGGCCCGUCACAUCCUGGGCCGUCGGAGGCAGCUUCUCUUCACUCCUGAUCUUGCCCCUCAUGGAGGAGUUUGGUGCACGAUGGGUGUUUUUGAUGGCAUAUGUGGUCUUCUUUUGCUUCGUGAUCCCCCAAGCCUUGGCUCAGAAUUUUGCUACUUUGAUAGUCACGAGAUUUUUCGCUGGUGGCUGCGUCUCAAUCCUGGCCAAUACCGCGGCCACCGUGAUUGGGAAUAUCUGGGACGAUGAGAAGGCACGAAAUAUCCCGGUCAGUCUCUAUAUUGUCACCUACCUCGCGGGAGCGAGCAUCGGGCCUGUGAUCGGGGCACCCAUCUUCCAUUUUCUGUCGUGGCGAUGGAUUAGUUACAUCCAGCUGAUCUGGCUCGGGGCGUUUUUCCCCGUCUAUUUCUACUUCUUCAAGGAAUGUCGGGGUAUCGCCAUCCUGGGCCAACGAGCAAAAAAUCUGCGGAAAAAUGGCCAGCCGGCAUACACCCAGCAUGAGGUUGACAGUCGAGGGACGUCAAUGUGGAUGGUCGUUGCUCGAAGUGCCACACGGCCGUUGAUUCUGUUUUUCACCGAGUCGGUGGUGUUUGUCAUGUUCAUGUGGUCCUCCUUCACCGUUGGGACCCUGUACCUCUUCACCCAAUCCGUCGAGCAAGUAUUCAUUGGCCUGUACGACUGGACUCCGGUCCAAGCCGGGUACAUCCAAGCGGCCAUCGUGGUUGGUGAAAUCCUGGGCUGGGUGGUGAAUUUGGCUUCGGGCAAAAUCUACUUCAACUCGGCCGCACGGAACACCGAGGCCCCCGGUACCCCUAUCCCCGAGGCACGACUCUACCUGGCCAUCGUGGGGGGUGUGGUUGGAAUAUCAGGUGGUAUGUUCACCUACGCCUGGACCUCGUAUCCGGAUCUCCCGUGGAUUGCCCCUGCGAUUGGUCUAGCCCUGGUCGGCGCCGGCAGCAUGAUCGUGGUGACUGGUCUUUCGGACUACGUCGUGGAUGCCUACGCCAAAUACGCUGCCAGCGCUGUUGGCAUCAUCGUCACGGGAGAGAAUCUGUUCUCGGCGUUCCUACCUCUCGCGGCCAUGAGCAUGUAUAACACUCUAGGCUUUCACUGGGCCAGCACUCUGCUUGCGUUCAUCUCACUCGCGCUCUCGUUUGCGCCUAUCCUCUUCGUCGUGUUUGGAAAACAGAUUCGCGCGCGGAGUCCGUUCAUGAAGGAAGCCAUGCUGGACAAGAGGCGGAAAAGCAUCGACUCUACGGUCUAG